AAAAAAAAAAAUUAUUUUAAUAAUCAUGUCUACUACAACAGCUCAAACAGCCCAAACAGCUCAAACUCAACAAACUGACAAAACGGAAGAUACUGUCCUUACAACUACACAGGAUGCAGAAGCACAAUCUCCAAUUACUCGUGUAGUCGUAAUGGCUAUUGACCAAUCACCACACAGCCAACAAGCAUUUGAUUGGGCACUCAAAAACUUUUUACGAAAAGAAAGCGACCUGGUUGUGCUUGUCAAUGUUCGACCUAUUCCAUCAAUUCCUGGUCCUUAUGCAAUCGGAGCAAGUUACAUGGAUUUUAGUGAAGUUGUAACAAGUAUAGAGGAGCAGCAUCGAGUUGCCAGUCAUACUUUGCUGCAGGAUUUUGCUGCGAAAUUAAAGGCUCAAAAUUUCGCGUGCAAAGCUAUAGCUAUGAGAGGAGAUGCGCGUGAUGAAAUCGUUCGCAAAGUUGCAGAACUCAACAGUGAUGCAUUAAUAAUUGGAUCACGUGGUCUAGGUGUUUUGAAACGUACAAUUUUAGGUUCAGUAAGCGACUAUUGUAGUCAUCAUUGCCAUUGUACCGUAAUUAUCGUAAAGGAACGACAGGAACAACAUGAGCAACAAAAGGAUAAAUAAUCUUUCAUAAUUAUAAUCUUUCGUAAUUUCAUUUUUUGCUAGGAAUUCUCAAAUGUAUGACAGAUGAUAAUAAUAAUAUUAAUAAAAUUUGUAAUUAUAUUUCAUGUUUGAUAUUUAUUUAUUAUUAUGCAGCUAAAUUAGGAUUAUGUCGUUUUUUAACAUAUUGAUAUUUUUUACACAUUAUUGUUU